UUGUUGGGAAGGUGUUGGUGGGCUCUGGGUUCUAAGAGAGCGCCGCUUGGAACUUCGCGUCUCCGAACGGUGCGGAGCCGAUUCAGUGCAGUAUCUAAGGGUUGAGCUAUUUUCCGCGACCUUUGUUGCAGGUCAAGAGAGGAGUGCGGAACCAGGCGAACGGGAUAACGGACUGCCAGCCCCACCGGGAACGGCCACGCCCACCUGUUGGAAGAGGCCGGACCGAAAGGUGUAGGGAGACGGGCAGGCGUGAGAACGCGGCUGUGAGAAUCGGACUGGCUCACGGCGAGGAAGAGCCUGAGUGAUUCCAAGCCCAGGAUGGAGGUGUGUCCUUAUUGUAAGAAGCCAUUUAAGCGAUUAAAAUCCCACUUGCCGCACUGUAAAAUGACAGGAUCAUCCAUACCUGCUGAUCAAAAAGUUUCUCAGUCCAAGACAGCGACACUUACUAAAAAAGAGAAGAGGCCCACCAGAGACUUAACCAGAGCUGAAGAGAAGGAGCUGGAGAGAGAGGGUCCGAAAAGAACUGUGAAAGUGGAAACCAGCCAAGCAGAGUGGACAACUGCAGCCUCUCCGCUUCCAGAGGGUGCCUCAGAAGGCACCCAUACAACAAAAGCAGGAGAAACCAAAGAGAAAAAGCUGCUCUCCUUCCGAGUACUCAGGCGCACCAAGCCAGAGGUGACUCUGCAGAGAGUCACAGCCCCUCAGUCUCCUCCCAAGAUAGAAUCCACCAGAGAUGUGUCUGAGUCCAAGGGAAGUCCACGCUGCCCCUCAGAGACAGAAGCAUCUUCACUGGUCAGCUCUACUAAGCAAGACAGAGAGCAUGCGUCAGCUCAGCCUCAUGCUAAACCAGCCACUUCUGCCAGGCUCAAAUUGGACACAGUGGAUCCCCAAAGGCAGAAGCUUCUGGUAAAAUUACUAGAUGUGCCUACUGGUGAUUGUCGUUCUCCAAAGAAUGGCAGCCAUGGGGUUCAGAGAGUAGCACCCUCAGUGUCAAGCAGGGAGAAAGACUCCCAAGAUGGAGGCCACCUCUCAGGAGUCUCUCCCCACUCUGGUGACCCCAAGACCCAGAGGUCAGAAUCACUCUUGGGCCUUCACAAUGGCCUGCUGGGUAAAGCACAGGUCAGAGAGCAUCAAGAACUUGGCCUUGGGAUGGAGGUGAGCCAGAGUAAGGGAAAUACUGAGAACAGGAUGUCCGUCACAGAUGGACAGGACGCCACUGGCUUGGGCCACCGUGGUAAGGACCCCAUUGCAGCCACAAAGGCAAAGCCAAAGGCCACUCUUAAAUUUAGGAAUGUGUCCAUGCCACCACAGGGAGCUCUGAGUCAGCCUCUCUCAGUGCCAGGGUCAGAGAGUCAGAGCCUCCCCUCUCUAGCUGUGACUUCUACUCCAGAAGAGAAAGGCCAGUUCUGUGGACAAAGUCAAGGGCCUGCCGUCACACUCAGGCACCACUUAGUGUCACACUCCGCUAUUCCCGAGAACUUCCUCGCUACCUCAGAGGCUCCUCCCAGGUCUGUGGGACUGGAGUGGUUUCCAGAACUCUAUCCUGGUUACGUUGGACUGGGGGUGUUGCCAAGGAGGCCUCAGCCUUGGAACUGGGCAGCUCAGGUGCCUCCUCUUGCCACUUUCCAGGGCAGGAGCGUCUCAAAAGUUCCUUGGUGGGAGAGAAGUUCGGCUGAUAGCAGGAGUUUGGAACCCCUGGCGCUUACAACUUCCAGCCUCCCUCUAAUGAGACUCUUGGGAGCUGUGCACAAAGGCUGGGUGCUGUGCAACACCACCAUAAAGAGGAGUGGUGUCGGACGCCUCUCGAUGCUGUUUGCUGGCUACUUUGUCCUGUGCUGUAGCUGGAGCUUCAAGCAUCUGAGUAAGCCUUGUAACCGGUCGCUUUAGUGGCUAGUCGCCUCCCCUUGGGCUCUGGAGGAAGUGUCUAGAAGCCUAAUGAUCAGCUGUCAUUGGGGGCUCUGUGGCUUCCAUUAAAGCUCCACGUAAGAUCUGACUUACAUUUAAUGACUGUUCCUGCUGCCCAGUAGUGAUGUCAGUGGUGGACUGUAGAGCUUGGGUUUGUUUAUUUUCCCUACUUUAAACCAUUCCCUGCUAGGAGGAAGGGUUCCCCUUGGUGCCUGCGAAGCCCGUUUUCACAGUGGAACAGAAGGGCUUUAUGCCGUAAGAAAGAGCAGGAGAAACAGAACAGUCCGCGUGCUCAGACACAGUAGCUUC